CCCUGCAUCGAUCUAGCCUCCCCCGGAGCAGUUUACGUGAAUCAUUCAUUAAAACCGAGGAGCACAAGUUGCAGGCAUAGGAAGCUUCCAAACAGAACCUCGCAGGCUAGAUCACACAAUGGCGCCUUCAGCUCUGGAGCGCAAAUUCCAGUCCCUCCUGGAGAAACGUCACCGAAACUCCACUCUACGCAGCUUAACAACAGCACGAAACCACGUCGACUUUUCCUCCAACGACUUCCUCUCGCUUACCACGAACCCGGCGCUGAAAACUGCUCUUCUCGAGGAGAUCCAAGCCUCGGAGCGGCCGCUGGGUUCCGGCGGUAGCCGCCUGCUGGACGGCAACUCGACGUACGCGGAAGACCUCGAGCGCGAGAUCUGCGAGUUCCACAACGCCGAGGCUGGGCUGCUGUUCAAUUCUGGUUUCGACGCGAAUGCGGGUUUUUUUGCUUGUGUGCCGCAGAAGGGCGAUGUUGUGGUUUACGACGAAUUGAUCCAUGCGAGUGUGCAUGAUGGGAUGCGGUUGAGCCGAGCGGAGAAGACGGUGCCGUUCAGACACAAUUGCGUGGAGGACUUGAGGAGGGUUUUGAGCGCGUUCAAGAGUGAGAGCCCUUUAAUUCGAGAUCUGGAAGCUGAGAACCGCCAUGUUUUUGUUGCGGUAGAGGCGGUGUACAGCAUGGAUGGCGAUGUAGCACCGUUGCAAGCCAUUGUCGACACGGUGGACGAGGUCUUAGGACCAGAGGCUGGGUAUGUUGUCAUCGAUGAAGCACAUGCUACGGGCGUCCUUGGAAAGGAGGGCCGAGGUCUCGUAUGCGAGUUGGGUCUUGAGAGGAGAGUGUUUGCGAGAUUGCAUACGUUUGGGAAGGCGCUGGGCUGCAACGGAGCAAUUAUACUCGGAUCCAAUCUCCUGCGACACUAUCUGAUCAACUACGCCCGUCCGCUCAUUUACACGACGUUCAUGUCGUACACUUCACUUGCUGCUAUCCGCGCCUCCUACGCGUUUUUAUCGCAGGGCAAAACAGUCCCGUUAGCGUCAAACCUACAGUCGCUGAUAUACACCUUGUUCACGCGACUAAAAACCGUGGAUUCGGCAGCUUUCACAUUCUUGUUGAGUAUACCGCAAGUGCGGCCCGAAUCACCCAUUUUCUCAAUCCAGCUCGCCGAGCCGAAACGCCUGGCAAAGUACCUGCAGGACCGUGGCAUGAUGGUCAGAGCGGUCGUGCCGCCUACUGUUCCCGAAGGUACGUCGAGAGUGCGAGUGUGUCUGCACGCUGGAAACACAGAGGCUGAGAUUAAUGGGCUUGUGGCUGUGAUAGAAGAAUGGUGUAACAAGGCAUUAGACGAGCAGGAUGCUCAAAAUGUAAAGGUCCGGAAGCAGGACAAUAAUGUGAUGGCUCGGCUCUAGCAAGAUAGCAAAAAUACUGGCAAAAGACAUGAUGGAUCAUGUUGGUCUAUUCACGAAGCUACACU